UCCUCCAAGUCGUCGAAGGCGUCCAAUGAGAGACCGUUAGACGACGAGACACUCUUCGAGUUUCUCAAUAAUAAAGGCGAAGACAUACCAGAAGAGAGUUCAGUGUCAGCGGCGACGUCGACGGCACCGACGGUCGGCAGCAAAGGCAGCAGCGAGUCGUCAGUGCGCGCCUCGCCCUCCACUCACGAGGACUUCGAGGGUCGGAUCAAGUCGUUGACGACUGAGAUAUCGAGUCUCAACCGACGGAACAUCGAGUUGGAGACCGACUGCAAGCGGCUCCAGAAACGGGUCGCC